AUGGCCGACCCAGAAAUCGACAAUCUCAUUUCUGACCAAAACAUUGGCGAUAAUGUAUUCGUUACAACAAUGGAUCAUCCAGAGUCGGUUGCUAGCAACGUUUACGAAACGCCAAAUGGGACUAGGUACUGGACACCGGUUGUCCCCCCUGGUUUCAAACCGUGUUUGAAAGCUAGAUUUACUACGAUUGCACAAGCAAUUGCAAUGUACGAGGAGUACGCACAACUUGCAGGAUUUGGAACCCGUUUGGGUACUUCACAAAAAGUAAAAAUAGGCGACGAGUUGAUUACGACUCGGCGAUACGUUUUAUGCUCUAGGGCGCCAGUGAACAAACAUAAACAUAAAGAAUCUAACCCUGAUGAUAUUGACAUAACUUCACCAUCUCGUCGUUCCAAUGUCAAAGUUACAAAUUGUAAGGCAUGUGUGAAGUUUCGUCGUAUAAAAAAGUCAACUGAGUAUGAAAUCUAUUAUUUUGUUGAACAACACAACCAUGGGUUUACAUCUCCCGAGAAUCUCGACUUAUUAAAGCGAAGAAAGCUCGAUUUUUCUACACAAGAGUUCAUAGCAAAGUGCCGCAAUGCUAAUCUUGGCCCCACCAAAUCCCACAAGGUACAUGUUGCAAUAAAAGGUGGCCACCAUAAUGUUCACGGUACCGUUGUGGACUACAAAAAUUGUGGCCGUGACAUUCGAGACUUUAUUGGUGAUAGAGACGCGCAAAUGAUAAUUGAUAAAUUUAAAGCUCGCACCGAAAAUAAAGUUAAUUACACUUUUGAUACCCAUAUUGAUGAUAUGGAACUUCAGUUAAUUUUUUGGUGCGAUGGCGUUUCUAAACUAAACUACCAAGCGUUCGGUGAUGUUUUGGCGUUCGACGCAACGUAUCAUACAAAUAUGUGA